UAACACGGUGGGACCCAGAAGCGCUCAACAAAUGGAAUGUUAAGAAAGGCGGAGCAAAGGAAAGAGAGAAAAAAAGAAAAUCGCCAAAGAAAGACGCAGAAGAAGAAGACCCGCACCUUUCCCCCCCUGAAUGCUUUCUGAGUGUUGCUGCGUCCUCCUGCUAUCUGAUAUUAGAAGUAUAUUGGCAACGACACAGAUGUGGCCUUUAUAUGUUCUCUUGAGUAAGUUUUCAAGGACAGAAGAAGAAUACUCUCAAGGAUCUGGAAGGGAUCGUUUAAGCUUGGUAGAGUCCUUCCUUUGUAAACGAUCAGUUGGCACAAACAAAUGCCACAAUACAGUCCUCUCAUGUUCGUACUUUUGUGAAGUUCCACAUAUUAACCAGUUACAUUCAUGGGACUGUGGUCUUGCUUGUGUUUUAAUGGUUUUGAGGACUCUCGGUAAGGAUUAUGAUAUGCAAGAACUUGAAGAGCUUUGCUGCACUACAAGUAUUUGGACUGUUGAUCUGGCAUAUUUGUUGCAGAAAUUUUCUGUCAACUUUUCCUACUUUACAGUCACAUUAGGAGCAAAUCCAAGUUUCUGCGUGGAGACAUUUUACAAGGAGCAAUUGUCUAAUGAUCUGGUCCGAGUUGAUAUGCUAUUCCAAAAGGCACGUGAUACUGGUAUUAAUAUAGAGUGCAGAUCGAUUAGCAGUGAAGAGAUUUCUUCAUUGAUCUUAUCUGGGAAAUUCAUUGCGAUUGCUUUAGUUGACCAGUACAAGUUAAGUCACUCUUGGCUGGAAGAUAUUGGUAUAUCAGACUUCUGCAAUGACAACCCAGGCUAUACUGGUCACUAUGUUGUCAUCUGUGGAUAUGAUGCUGAUACAGAUGAGUUUGAGAUUCGUGAUCCUGCCAGUUCAAGGAAGCAUGAAAAGGUCACCUCAAGGUGUUUAGAAGGGGCCCGCAAAUCAUUUGGAACCGAUGAGGAUCUUUUACUGGUCUUUUGAGGAAAUUAAGUUAUUACAAGUGACAUUCUUAAUGGAGUAGUAUUUUAUAUUUCGCAUGCAGAUCCGUUUACAGAAGGAAGAGACUGAAAGCAGCCCUUUGUGAUCGUUUAUUUAUUUGUGUAUGAAUGAUUGUUUCUCUCUGACUUUGUCCUUGCUGCUUAUUGCCCAUAUCGGGUAUUCUUUAGCUGUAUGUAUAUUAUGUACAUCAAGGCUGUAGUAUCAUGAAUUUCGCUUCCUUGUAUCAUGAAUUUUGUAUAGUAUCAUGGUUGUGCACGAGAAGUCGUAUCAUUGGUACCUUAUGAUAUUAA